UUUGUUAGGUAACAAAAACGCUGCAACUUCUGCCGUAGAGGCGCCUUUUCGAAGCUGGGAAAUGCGUUAAGCUUGAGGUUAGCAUGCAAUCAGUGGGGGUAUUAUGGGUAAACACGGGGUUAAGGCUUCGAAAUAUUCAUCGCUACUCGCAAUGUGAACAACAUGAUUCACAGAACCAUUUAUGUGCAAGGCGCUUCUCUUUAUCUUUGCUCGAUCGGCCGGGUCAGUUGGAAUUGUAGGAGCGCGGCAUUGCUCUUAGGGGAGGGCUUCCCUUUUCCGGCUAUCUCAAUACCAGCUCUUCUCAUCUGAACAUCGAUAAGGGAGAUUUAUAGCUGACGAUAUACGAUGCAUGGAUUGUAAUUCUCCCUCUUGUUAAGCUUUAUUCAAGUUUACCCUCUUGGAAUUAAAGGCAAUACGUUCUUGCGUCAGCGAAUAGCUUAAUUAUUGUACUUGUCCAAAACUGAAUGAAAAGUUUAUUAAUUCAAUGACGUUUAACCGGAAAUAAGGUCCCAAACCAAAGCAAAUUGGAGGGUUACGAUUACAUCCAACCAAUCUCACAAUUUAGCCGCUGCUGACUUUACUGUAAUCUUGAGUCAAUCAACGGAAAGUUUAGCUCCUUGUUGAAUAGGUCACAAGUCGCCAAGAAACAUUUCUCUCCCACUAAAACAGCACGAAAUAUAAUACUAAAACUCUUUGUCUCUGCGUGCUUUGACAGCCGGCGGUCUAAAGUGCACCUUUUCAACUGUCGGUAUGCAGAUAUGAAAGAUCUUUGGCAGAUUAUCCGCUCUCUCUCGGCAGCGAGUGUAACAUCUAUCGCAGCAAAAAACUGACCCGCAUCGGUAUGGGGCGUCGCCGGACAUUAAGAAAGUCUUUUCAUAAACGACAGGCCAUGGUGUCCCCCGGUGUUUUGGCUGUUGUCCUUUUCACUUUGGUCAAUCCUGGACGUGGACAGACCGGACAAACUGGACGGACCAGACAGACCAAGGAAUUUGACGCGGAGUCUUCCCAGUGUACACUGCGCGGCGACUCGAUGUGUCACCAGUACUGGGCAGUACGCAUGCGCAACAUGACGUGUCACGUGAGCAAGCAGUUUAAUGCCUGUGAUCAGCUGUGCCAUGGCGGGAAAUGCAACCAAUCAUGUGUUGCACCGAAAGAAUGUCGCCAGAGAUGCUUUGCUGGCGCUUGUAAGGACAUGAAGUGUGACUCUCAUAAGUGUCGGCAACAUUGCUUGCGCAGUGCUUGCAGCUCGCAAUGUAAGAGCAAGGAGUGUAAACAAGAGUGCAACCUGAGUAGCUGCAACUUGGCGUGUGAACCUGGAGUCAAACGCUGCGUACAGAAAUGCAAGGCUGGAAAUUGCAUCAUGCGUUGCCCGCGAGGGGUGCAAUAUUGCGAGCAAUCUUGCGUAUAUGGUAACUGCCUCAUGUUCUGUGAGGCGGACAAGUGUAAACGGUCUUGUCGUGCGGGAAGCAAGUGCGCGUACUUGGAUCGGCCAAAGCCCCCUCCUACACAGCGAUCCCUGAUUGAUAACUGCAACUAUGGCGAGGUGAACAGGACGUGUUACCAAGAUUGCAUUGCGGGCUCAUGCGACAUCAAAAGCGACGCCCCAGACAAGAACCACAGCCAGGUGUGCUUUGGUGGUAGAUGCAAUUUCGAUUGUACGAAUGACUUCAAGUGUAGUCAAGUAUGCAUCGGAAAAGGAUGCGGGAAGCUGAUUUGCACCGCGGAUAUGUGCCUACAAGAGUGCGUUUCUGGUAACUGCGAAAUGGACUGUAGAUCGACGAAAAAGUGCAGUCAAAUUUGCCGAGGCGGGGGUUGUAGGAUGACUUGCCUUUCGUCGAAGACACAUCUUUGUCGGCAGUUUUGCACGGGCGGGGGUUGCGAUAUGACGUGUAAUGCUAAAAACUGCGCACCCUCGUGUCACGCAGGGCAUUGUAAAUACACUCGUAAUAGACCAGCCGAGUCUAGCGUGCUCAAGAUAUGCGAUUCCAGCGACCAUGGUGUGUGUAGGCAGGUUUGCGCCCACGUGGAGGGGUGUGACUUACAGUGCAACCAUUACAACUCCUUUCACUCAUGCAACCAGACAUGCGAUGAUGGUAUGUGUAAAAUGAGUUGCACUACCAAGGAAGUGUGUAAUCAGAAUUGCGCGGGAAGUCAAUGUUACACCAUGACUUGUAACGCCAAGUCGUGCGUACAAAUAUGUAAUGGCGGCGAGUGUGGGCUGAUAGAGUGUAAUGCGGAGCGCUGUUCGCAAUUGUGUUUCGGGCACGGAUGUCACAUGAAAUGCUCGGCUAAAGUCAAGUACUGCGACCAGGCGUGUACAGGAGCAGGGAACUGUAUAUUUGAUUGUCAUGCACAGACUUGCACUGUUACACUCUUGUGAUGGUGCAACCAUUCACUAUUAAUGAAUCAGAGAUUACUGUGUCAUAUGAUGAAAGCUGCCUGAAAAUGGAGGGGCUUGGCCCCUUCUUCUAGAAUCACACAUUGCGCGUCCUCAAUGGUGUGGCUGGCAUGAAGGGGGAGAGAACACCUUUGUAUUUCUACACUUUCUCUUCGAUUAUUUCUCUUUGAGAAACCAUAGACUUGGCUAUUAUGGGUACUUCAUAGGUUAGAUGCUGAUAUGAAUUAGCUAGGAUUUUUGAAUUGAUUAUAGGAUCGUUUGCAGUCGCGUAGCUGUCAAUGCAGGAGAUGAAAAAAAAGGCGAAUCCUAAUUGUAUGGAUAAAAAUCGCGAGAAAGGCAUUAGCGAGCGUAGCGCAAUGGCCGUGAUAAAGAAUUAGUGGUACCCAAAAGAUAGUUAGUAUAUCACGAGGCCAUGUUCAAUGCUUCAAUGAUUGUUUGUUUCGGCAUCAGAUCGCCUGCAAAUCACGCUGGGUCUGUAGAUUGAUAUUUGGCCCCUUGGCUUGUUAACAUUUAACACAGGAUUUAAAUUGACAUUUAACUGUA